GACAGACAUUACCCGCAGAUGCUGGUCACACAUUUGUUUGUUGUCAGAAAUAUAUCAGUUUUUUAAACGAUUCAAUUUGAUAUCAGUCAAAAUCAGACAUACCAUUGUUGUCUGAAUGUGAUACAAGGAAAAUCACUCGAAUGCGAUCAUCGCAACAAAAGAAAAACGCGUUCUUCGGUUACGUCACUAGGCCAUUUUGUAUUUGGUGAAAUCUUUGUUCCUGAACAGAGAAAAGUUGUAAGGUUUUUCGUAAACCUCGUGUUCUUUUUAGAGGGUUACUAAAAAAUUAUCAAAAUUCCGGUGCCCACGAGAAACAGGGAUCCCGGCCACUACGGUAGCGGUGAUAUGAACAACAAGAGGAAAAAUCGAGGGGGCCCUGUCAGGACCCAGAGACCUUCAAGGUCAGUGGUAUCCGAUGGAGUAUACAACAAUGCUCAUUUUAUGCAUGCUUCUACUGGACAAAUUGGUAAUGUAGUUCGAAUUACUACAGCUUCUGGAGUCGUAUGGGAAGGUGUAUUUAAGACAUUCUCAAGUAGAUUUGACGUAGUAUUAGAGGUGGCAGCCAAAGUAGAAAACCCAGAUAGUCCCAAUUCCCAGAUCAAUGUUGAUACCUACGUGGACAAGCUCAUAUUUAAGGCGUGUGAUAUUUUGACAAUGGUAGCCCAGGAUGUAGAUCUAGAAUACCCAAUUAGAGAUACUUUCCAAACGGAUACUGCCAUUUCCGCUAGACUUAACGGUAGUACUAAGUUAGAAGAGCGAGAGCUGGAACCAUGGGAUUCUUCAGGGAUGAAUGGUACAGACAUACAGCUAGAACUUGACCAAGCCAACGGCUGGGACGCUAAUGACAUGUUUAGAAAAAACGAACAAGAUUAUGGAGUUCAGAGUACCUUCGACCAGUCUUUAAGAGGAUACACAGUACCUCUCCAAACAAGCGACAGCGCCGAUUACAAAGAAGCAGAAGCGAAAGCUAACAUGAUAGCGAAUGAAAUUGAAAAUCAGCCUCAGCAUAAAGCUAGGUUAGAAUUAGAAAACGGCGAUGAAGAGGCAGCUUUUGCCAGUGUUGUCAGGCCAAACCAGGAUUCUAGUACCAAUGGUAAAUAUAUUCCUCCAGCUAAACGAAAGAAUCAGAACAAUGGAAAAUUAGUAAGAAGUACUCCGCCCCCAAGCCAGAGUAACAGCAAUCAGAAUACUCCAUCACCAAAAGAAACUAGACCACCCAUGACUUAUCCCACUCUACCAUCCCCGCAUCAAACGAAUGUACAUGUGCAACAAGUGCUCCCUCAACAUCAGCCACCACCCCAUAUGCACAACGCUACUGUACAUUCGCCGCCUAUGAGCAUGCAGCCACAUGUAAUACCACCUCCAAACCAUCCGCGUCCUCAUUCUCAUACACCACCCCAUCAAUACCAACCUCCUGUGCAAUCUAGACCGCCGCCACCUCAAACCAUUCCUCAGCAGCCGCCUCAUCAACCUAAGGCUCAAAUGAACGGUGAAGCCAAAGUGCCGCCACGUCAACAGAGGGUAUACCAAAGCCAGCAAUAUCCGCCUCCAGAAAUGAAACCGGAUAUACCAGCUCCACACCAACCUAGACACAGAGAAGAUACAAUGAAGGACUUGCAUCAAUUUUCGCAAGACUUUAAAUUGGCACCAAUGCCAACUGAACAACCUCCACCGCAAAUGCAACCGCCUCCGCCAGUGGUUGAACAAGUGGUUCAACCAGUUCAACAAAUUCUUCCCAAUAAACCCCCACAGCAGCCAUCACCACCACAACCUCAGCAGUCCAUUAGUCCACAACAGGAAAACUUGGACAAAGUUACAAAUACAUUAAAGAAGUCUACAUUGAAUCCAAACGCAAAGGAAUUCGUUUUGAAUCCUUCUGCUAAACCAUUUCAACCAAGUAUUCCAUUCAGGUCUCCAAGUACUCCAUCAGCUAGCAGGCCUCAUACUCCACAGACUCCAAGCCAUAGCCCGUAUAUCCCAGCCACAGUUGGCGGGCCCGCUGUGCAGCCACCUAUGCAGGUUAUGAUGCCAUUGCACUACGUAAUGACCAGCCAGCCGCAGUAUCAACCGCCACCACAAGGCAAUAAGAUUAGACGUUUACCAAUGAGGACGGACAUGGCGUCACAGAUGCAAGUAGCCGCAGCCACUGGGCAGCCGCUCCUAGCUCCGGCCCCCAUUCAACCCUUCAUUUAUCCACCGGCAAUGAACCAGGCUUAUCAACCGAUGCAUAUGGUUAGAACUUACGAAACGUCUCCCCAAAUCCAGUAUAUUCCUCCCAAUCCGCAUCCCUCGCAAACUCCUUCACCUGCGCAACCGCCUCAGUAUAAUCCUGCACAGGGACCUCAGGCGCCACCUCAGCAGUGCCAGGCAGCACCUCCUCCACCACAGAGUCAUCACCAGUUUCCUCUAAUGUACCAUCCGAUUAUUCCCGCGCAGCCGCACAUGAUGCAGAGUAUGCAGUAUUUGCCGCAAGCUCCGCCCCCUCCUCAACCCCCGAUGCAGGUUUUGAUGCACCAACAUCCCGGCCAAGGGAACCCCCAUGGACCCAACCCUUAGCGCUAGCGGUGGUUGUUGUGUUAGGAGAAUUUAUAAUUAUUAGUAUAGACGCUGACUUCGUGCAAGUGUGUACCAUUCUAUAUCCUAAAUAUGUUAGCAAAUCGUUACGUUAUUUUAAACUGUUAAAGGAAAUAUGUCGCGUCACGUAUUGGAGGUUUUCUUGGUUGAGUCAGCUAAGAAUUCUAAAGAAUACUUUUUAUUUAAAAUUUGGAGAGAACAAAUUGUUUGAUGAUAAGGUUAUUUAUCGACAAUUAUUUUUUGGUUACUGUGUAACUACAGGGAAGCUUGAAAACAUAUUAUAAUAAAAGAAACCUUUUCAAGUAUAAUCUGAACAUUACAAUUUUCUAAUUCAACAAGGAAUGGAUAUGGAAGUGAAGGGAGGUGAGUGUAAAAAGAGAAUUAUAUAAGAUGCCGAAAGUGAAAAGAGAUCUGUAGAAAUGGGUUAUAUAUUUUUAAAAAAAUAUACUACAUUUAUAGAUAUUUAAAGCAUCUAGACAUAAGCAACGAAAGAAAAGGAGAAGAAAAAUUUCUGUAAUCAAUAUUAUUAUUCCCUUUUGUAGUGAAUAUGAUAAUUCUGUUAUAGUGCAUGAGUGUCUUAAGUUGUAUACUGAUAUGAAAAGAUAUUUAAAUUUAACUUGAAAAAUAGGUUUUUUUCAAGAGGGAAAUAAUAAUAAAGAUGUAAAUAAAUGCGUAUGAGGGGAUUGGACUUGCUUUGAUAGGGGUUCAGUAUUUAAAGUAAUAUAUAUUGCUAAUAUUCUGCAAUGUGGUACAUAUAUCUGCAUAUAAAUACCAAAAAGUUAAAUUUACAUAAGUACCUAAGAUGCAGAAUACAGUAGAUUUUUGACAUUAGACAUGCAUAAGAAGAUUUAUGUGUACAAGUCACAGGUCUGGCAGGCUGCUUACCUAAUUAAAUAAUCGGAGAUGAAAAUUUAAAAGCCUACAUCGAUUCGAGAAGAAGUGAGUGCAGUUUACUAAUCCUUUAGUCAAAGUUAUUGUGUAUUCACCCUUCAUUGAUAUUGACUACGAAAUGAUAAAUAGAUUGCGAACAAUUGUCAGGUCCAAAUGUUCGAAAAGUAUUCAACCAAGACCUCCAAUCAAUGUGAGAGGAUCAGUGAGCUUCUAUAAAAUCUUCACUAUUACAUUUUUAAGCCCGAUAUAUGAAAAGAAUUUUAUAUACUUGAUGUAAUAAUGAUACAGACGUUUUGUUAGAUUUUUUAACACUAGAGGUAGAGGCAGAUUUUUAUGUCAAAAGCGCAUUAGAGACGGCAGACACUUCUGCUGGUUUCAGACUGAUUUAUACACAAUUUAGAAAUAUUCGGCUAUGGAAUUUUUAAAAGGUACAGUUUUAUAGCUAUGCGACUGUCAAUAUUAUCCAACUUAAACAUAAUAUGUUAUAUUAUAGACCAAUAAAAUCGAUUUGGUCCCUCUCUAAUUGGAGAUAGUCAUGAUGGUCAUAAACAAGACUACGUUUUCUAGGCCAUUAUGUUUGGUUUUGUACUUGAUUGUUUAGUUUGGUUGUAUCCAUCAGUUUUACACAGCGUGUUUCGUGAUCUAUUCUCAUAGAUUGUGGAUUGGUUAUCAUUAACGUGUUUGUUUUUUUAUGAGUUUGAUAUAUAAUGCGCGUCUAAUGUCCAGCCCACAACUGUUUUCUAAACGAACAUAAAGACCUUAAAUUAAUAUAUAUGUUGUAAGAAAAUUAAGACACCUAUACGUUGUUUUUAUGAUACAAUGACGUAAUCAUUUAAAAUUGAGGUCAGGCGCCAUUUUGUAAAAUUUCAUAUAGGAUCAUAUGGUACAAAAUUUUCAAGUGAAGUAGGUAUCACUUUUGAAAAAAUGUCGAUGAUGUUUAAAAAAUCAGUAUGUAAGAAAAUGAAAAAAUAAUUGAUGUCUUCGAGUUUGGUCCAUAAAAGCCUAAAACUACCAAACAUAAGCGAUAGUUUUUUUGUACAGUAGAAGAUUGAACAUUGAAGAUUGAAACGGCACGACAGAAUCAGACAAAAAUCUCAAAUAAUCUAUUGCCAUUUGAAAUAAUUUUACAAAAUUGAAUAACGUGACGUCAGUCACUAAAACAUAAAAACAAUUUACAGGUCGCUUUAGUUACUCAAUAAUUUAUUAAUCUAAGUUUUAUGGAUCAGAAAAUAGUAAGGAGGCCGGCUGCUUAAUACAAACGUAAUCUAUUUAAUUUUAUAAUUUCUUGAUGAGUGAACGAACCUAUUGGCUCUAUUUUUCGUUAUAGGCUCGUCCUUGUUGUUUAUCCUUUCACAAACUGUUGUCACACUAUUUUGGAGCCAGUCCCAAUAUGAAUUUGUCAAAGACAAAUGGAGGCAUAUUUUAAAAAUACAUUUCUUAUCAUUCAUUGGUCGUUUUAUUAUGUACCCGCAGUGCACGUUUUUAUAGCAAUGUAUAUCCAAGUUAGUCUCAGAAUAUUUACAAGGAUCUUUUUACAAUAUUAUGGGUGACGUUGCGGUGUUAAUAGCUUUAAGCUAUUAUUACAUCUCAUCUGCUGAAUUACAUCCUCAUAAGACUUGCUCUCCUUUAGUAUGACAAAAUGAGACGGUUUUGAUACUUCUUGUGCACCUUUGAGUUCCUAAGUCGUCUUACACAAUUUGUUCUUCGAUUUAAACCUUAAAUACGAUUAUUAAGAUAAUUUAUCAUUUAUUUGCAACUUUUUACCAGUAUUUUUAUUGUACGCUUAAGUAUGAAUUUGUUGUUUAUUCUGGCUUGACAUAAUGAUCAUUUUACUAGUAAUGAAUAUUCGACACGAUAACUAAACGGCUAGCAGAUUCACUUCGCCGUGAUGAGUAACUCUGUGGUGUUUGCCUCUUUAGGUGCCGUGUUCUUAUUAUUCAGAAGUUAGCCGUCAUUAUGUUUACCAAGUCCCUGAAACCUUUCUCUAUCGGCUGCUGCGUGAAAUAAUUCUUCUACUGGAACCACUGUGGAACUCUGUAGUGUAAACUGGUGGAAAGAAAUCGGCCACACUUUAGAAAACAUGGAUACGCUAUUUUUCAUGAAAAUUUGUAAAACUAUAAGAACUAAUUAUGACAAAUUGUCUGUUUGAGAGUGAAUCUCUCUAAAAAUUUAUUUGUUAUAAAUAAUUGUACUGUGAUCUAACAUUUCGAUACAACAAAAGUAACAUAUUUAGGGCGAAUGUAAAUACACACAUACACUUAGCAAACGCGUCUAAAUUUUAUCGUUUUUUUAUUUGUCUAAAUCUUUUUUAUUAUUUUUUUGGUCCUUCACUUAUUUCUGCAGUAGCGAUAGUAUUGGAAAUUGGCGUUCUUACUAGUAACUGCUGGUAAAAGAUAAUAUUAUCAGGAUAAUAUAAAAAUCAACAUUUAAACUAUUUCUGUGGAGUUUUCAUCAGUACUCAUUCUGGGGUCUCAGUUUCCUGGGUUCCUAGAUCACUUCUCUACUACAUUCACUACUGCUAUACAUAUUGUUCUGAAGCUAUUUCUUUGUUGCAUUUAUGUCAUUUACUAUUCUAAUUGCGAAAUAAGCCACAAUUUAACUUGAAAAAUGAUUUUAUUGACGUUUCGACUUCCGCCUCGGACGUCGUUAUCAAAAUACAACAUAUUAAUUAAUAAAUUAAACAAAAAUGUUGUUGCUUAGUAAACAAAUUCUUCUAAUAAUUUAAUUUAAUCUUCUAACUAAUUCAUAUCGGCAAUUCAGACAUAUAUUAUACAUUUUAAAGUACAAGGUUUUAAAAUGAUAUUGCAUUUAACUGAAUCACUAACACGAGAAUUUUACUGUCACCAUUGCAUGUGAUUGUCUUUUUAAAGACAGAUCAUAUGCUAUAAUUUUUUUUGACGGAUAUUCUUGAGUUAAAGUUAAUUUCAUGUAAUCGAAUGAACUAUUUUUCAAUAAAGUCGUCCCAGGAACGCAACUUAUAAAUAUGGGCAAUAUCAUUUUAAAGUUUUCUACUAUACAUUUCAUUAUUAUACUGAUCGUGAGUUUUGUAGCGAAUUGAGCUGAGAGCUCAAGUGAAUAUGAUGCCAGAUUAAAUAUACACAAGCAAAUAUUUUAUAAAUAAAAACAAUUAUUUAUUGGGUAAUUAGCGUAUUGUAGGAUUUCUAAAUGAUAUGUAUCUCUUCUUCAUAUUUAUGCUGUAUCAACUUUUAGAAAUUUUCUGUUAAGCAAUACUGUGUUGGGCAUUUGUCUGUAUAUCUUAAUGAAAAAGAAGAAAGGCAAGGAAUGAGCAAAAAAUCUUAUAAGGCUCUCGAUGUUGUAUCGGUAUAUCAUUAUCGCCGAUUUAUAAUGCAUGAAGCUAUAUAGCAUAAACAGAAGAAGAACGUUCUACAGGUCUCUGCCCACUACACGGUGUCAUACUAUGAUCGUACUAGGACCGUAUCAGCCAAAAAAAUAUUCUUUUUAUAGUAGAGUAUGGGCUCAUGCCCACUAGAGCGUUCCGUCCCCGACCAACACCGUCGCGUACCAUGCACGGAUCGUCAAGAAUUGCCGGCGUGAAUAUUUUGUUGGUGGCGAUCCACUACGUGCAUGGCACGAAACGUUGUCAAACUGGUGUACGCAGGCAGCGAGACGGGAGUAUACGGGUUACAACAGCGUAUGAUGACCGUAGUAAAUCUGAUAUAAACGUGUUGCAUUUGUCUUACUGCCUUAAAUUAAAUUAUUACCUUAAAUCAGUCAACAAGACGUGUGUACGCAUUCAAUAACAUGGAAGACGAAAAAUUAAUUGAAAAUGUUCGGAAAUACCAAUAGAAAAUACAAAUCGAAAGAAAUAUUAUAACUGAAAGAACGGGAACCAUGCGGAUAUGAUACGCGGAUGCUACGGUCACUAUGUGCGUUUUAGACGGCUAUCAUACGCUCUUGAUACGUUGUAGUGGGCAUAGUACACCGUGUCGUGUUUUUCCGUUCCUGUUACGUUCAUAGCCCGGUGAUGGUAUGAAACGUAGUGGGCAGAGAGAUUAAGGCAGAUAUUAUUUUUUUUUUUAAUUAUGAACUUGCUAUCUACAAUUUAUUCUAGUAGUUUCAUUUUUUUAUCAUGCAACUUUUUGAUUGUAUUCAUAUUAUUGAUACGAAAAUAAUCCAAUCAUAAUUAUAGAUUGUACAUUUUGCUAUUUGUAAUAAAUUGUAAUGGUUUUAUUUGUUGUCGGUGCACCUUUUUGAUUAUAUUAAAAUUUCAUUCAUAUUAAUGGUAUUUGUAAAUAUAUUUAAAGAGAUUAUCAAGAAGAGCGCCAAUUUUUAGUACCAUCAUAGACACCGUUUAAUUCAAAAAAUUGUUAUUUUUUGUUAUAAUCUUUUAAUUUUGUUAAUUGUUAUUUUUCUAAACUUAGAAAAAAAAAGUAUAUAUAAGGUCAUCAAAAUUACACCUUACCUAUUCUGUCUGUAGGAUAUGUUGAUUUUUUACAAGAAGUUUUUAUCAGAUAUGCCAGGUCCUUCGAAAACAGACAGACGAUCGCAUAUAUUAUGUAGGAUUUUUUUUACUAUACCUAGGAUAUGUGAUAAAAAUUAAAAACCCGGAAACGGCUGAAACGGACGUCUCCUGGUUAACUUUCUUUUCAAGUUGUUAACGCCCGUUUUAUUCUGCUAGUGAAUUCAUUGAAACUAUUUUUGGUGGUUAUAUCAUUCCAUAUUUUUAACACUUUUUCCAUAAGGUAGCAACCACUCCUGUUUUUGUUCUCAUAACGUUUUAUCAUACAGUAUUGCAGAACAGCCAGCGGGGUCUGGUUUCAACCUUUCAUUUCCCUUUUUAUAUAAUGAAUAUAUAUUCAGAAAGCUAUUGGCACCGUUGUUCUUGGAUCCACAGUAACUAAGGCGAAACAAGCUAAUAAAUUAGUAAAUGAAACAUGCUAACAACAUAUGUUCACAUAAUAAAAAGUAAGGAGAAUCAAGCGAAAGCCUACAUUUUAGAGCAGUAUUUGAUAUUAAUAGGUUAUGUAAAAGAUGAACAGCUGAAAAAAUAUACACAUCAUAACCAAGUAAAUACAACAAACGUCAACUAAUUAUAGUGAGGUUUCGAGGUUGCACUGUUUUUAAAGGGUUCGUUUUAAAAGAAAUGAAUCAGUGGCGGCAUUUGCUUGUGCAAAUAGCAAAUAACACUUAGUAGUAACAAAUAACUUGCAAUACCCAAUGAAUGAAACUUUAUAUAAUUUAUUUUUUAUUAGCAUUUUCAGCCAUAUGUGAACUCUUCAGUUUAACUUUUAAAAACUGUAUCACAUUCAUCUAUAAUAAUUUUUUACUGUUUAAAGACUCUACAAUUCUAGUUGCUGUUUUAUUAUUUUUUUUUCUUUUCCUUAAAUUACGCAAAACACUCAAACGAAACUUUCGUUAAUUGUUCACACAUUUCUGCAAAUUCUUACAUUGAUAUAUGCUGGUUUAGAUCACGAAUAUCUUCCAACUCAUACGGUAUUAUUCUGCUUUCUCAAAAACUGAGAAAGUGCCGUUUGUUUUUUAUGGGCAUGAGGCACUAAACGUAAUUCGCUUUCCAUUCUCUUAAAAUAAGCCAUGUCCUACCAUGACGACUACAGUUCGUCUAAUAUACUUACCGUUGCACGUCAUUGUCUACGUCAGAGAUCUAAGUUGACAUAGUUGCCAAAGUAUAAAAAAAUCCUGAAUCCAUUUUAAAUCAAAUAGAUCACAUAAUUGUUGCAAACAUGGAUUAUACAAUAAAACAAAUUAAUAUUGAAUGUAAGUAAAUAAAAACUUUAGAAAUAGAAAACAAGAAUUAAGAAUAAAAUGUUAAAGUAAAUAAUAAAAACAGUAAAUAUAAUAAAUCAAAUACCUAUAGUAAAGAAUAAAAACAAAUAUGAAGUGUCAUCACCGCAACUGUCAAAUAAAUGUUACCAAAUUUAUGCCAAAAUGUCAGCUUUGUUCGCUCGCAGUUAUUGGGACCGUGCAAGUUAUUGGGACACCUGGUUUCAUAGCUCGGCAACAUUUUUCGCACUUUUAAUUAUAUUGGCCAAUCAUAUUGGUCCUGGUUACUGGACAAUUGUCAAGGCCAUAGCCCAAAAAAAUUAUAAGAAGAAAAAGUAAUAUUAAGGUUAUGUUAUUAAAAGUAUUCUGUAUAUUGUAAAAAACACAACAAGAAAUGGUGAAUUCAAGUUAUAUUCAUUUCAGAAAAAUUAUAAGUAGAAAUUUGUACCUACUGUCAUUAUAAUAAACAGGAAAUGGCUAUUAUCGGUGGACGUAUUUUAUAAAGUUAUAAUGUACAUUUAUAUUUAACUAUAUACCAAUAAUAUAAUAAUAUAACAAGAACAGAGUAUUUGGAAUGUUCAUUUAAAGAUGGAGUUACUACAAAUAAAAUGGUAUCUUUGGAUGGUGAAAUGAUUGUGAAAAGCAAUAGUUUUAAGUACCUAGGAUCGGUAUUACAGAGUAAUGGAGAAAUAGAUGCAGAUGCAUGCAGUAGAAUUAGGGCUGGAUGGAUGAAGUGGAAAGAAGCGAGUGGUGUGUUGUGUGACAGAAAAAUUCCAAUGAAGCUGAAGGGAAAAUUCUAUAAAACAGCCAUAAGACCGGCUAUGAUGCACGGAACUGAAUUUUGGGCAGUGAAAAAUAAAGAGGAACAACGAAUGCAUGUGGCGGAAAUGAGAAUGUUUAGAUGGAUGAGUGGAGUGACAAAGAAGGAUAAAAUUAGAAAUGAGUAUAUUAGGGGAAGUCUAGGUGUGGCACCAAUUGAUGCCAAAAUGAGAGAGCAUAGGUUAAGAUGGUUUGGUCAUGUUCAACGUCGAGACGUUAAUCACCCAAUACGAAGAAUAGCUGAAGUGCAGAUUCCUGGAAGGAGUAGGAGAGGAAGACCUGGGCGGAGACGAUAAGGCAGGACAUGUUGGUAAAGGGGAUUAACAUUGAUAUGACCCAAGAUAGAAUUGUGUGGAGAAAUGCAAUUAGGGAAGCCGACCCCGCAGAGGGAUAAGGCAAAGAGAAUGAUGACCAAUAAUAUAAUAAUAUAACUAUAUUAUGAUAUGUUAUAAUAUAUAUUUAACAUAUAUAACACAAUACGUAUAACUUUAUAAAAUAAACACAAUGAAAGUUGUAAAUUCCAAUAAACACAGCAUAUACGCUGAUGUCACUGUCAUUGAAAAUGAUAAACGUCAACAUUCAUAAUAGUAAACAAGGUAUAAAAGUAAAAAAUAUACUGGACCGAUUGUUACAGUUAAAAAUCCUCUUAAAAAUUGUAUGAAGUUAAUUAUUGAUAUAAAUUACAAUAAUUAUUGUGUUAUAUAAACAAACUAAGUAGUUUUGUUUUGCAGUUUAUAUAAGACUAUUAUUAAAAGUGAUUCGCUUCUUGAAACUAACUUCAGCCCGUGAGUAAUGAACUAUUACUCACGGGUAGGUAAAGUAAUGGGUAAUUAUCUAUUCAAAAAUAGUUAAUAAUGAGCAUGUUAUUAAACGGUCGUAGAAAAAAUAUCUAAAGUUACAUUUGUUGCUCCAGUCUUUCAUAUUUUAGAAGCAGUAAUAGUUUGUAGAUGAGAGAUGUUACAGUCGCAGUGGUAAAGAGGAGAUCUCGUGCGCACUCCGUAGUAGUAGUUCCCCAACUGUUCCCUACCUUUUUUAAUAAAAAAUGACAGUGAAGUGUCCUUACAUAUGCGUCUGUUUUUGUGGGUUUUACUUUCACGUUUUACGUAAUGGAUGCUUUUAAAAUAUGUUCCUUGAAACUUCACCAUAAUAAUUGGCGUUUACUGUAUAUAGUAGUUGAAAAUACAGAGUAAACAUAAUUGAUAAAGUCUAAGGUAACGAAAUCUUAGAUAUUGGUUCAAAUGUAAAAAAAACUGUACAGCAGCUUCAAACAAUAGAAUAGGAAAAAUGAUUGCCAAUCUGCUUGAUGGGCUUGAAUUUAAUAUAUGCGGGUGUUAAAAUGAAAGUGGUGUAAGUCAUAUUUUCGAAAUUAUGAAAGUCCCGCUUUUUAAUCCCUAUAUAUAGAACUCUUGACAUCAGGAAAAGUGGUGUACGUCUUUACAGUAAUACAGUAAGUAACACAGUAUACACCUUUUUCCUUUUGAGAGGAUCAAUAUUAUAAAGUAAGGCCUACAUAAUUUCAAAAAUUCGACUUGCACCACUUUGGGUUUAACGCCCUCUUAUACAGUGUGUCCACGGAUGGGGUGACCAAGAGGAAAACCUUUUUUAUUUUCAAUUUAAGCGAAAAAUGUCAUUCUUGAUAUAAAGUUGCUUGUUCUGAAACCUCAUUAAACGAAAUAAAAUUCAAGUUUUUCAAACCAGCUGAAUUUUGUAGCCAAUUUUACGUAAAUCCCUAUACAUUUUUGCACUAAGUUCGAAAUCGAAACAAUAAUCUAGUAUUCCUAAGCUACAGUGUAGCUUAGUAACUGUCAACUCCGAUAAAUAAUUUGCGAAUUGUCAUUUUUUCGACAAUGCGUUCAACAAGGAAUUUAUCUUGUGAACUGUCAUUCUUGAUCAACAUUUUGCUUGUUCUAAAACCCCAUAAAAAGAAAACAGUAAAUUUUAAUAGCAAUAACAAAACAUUAAUAACAAGCUGAAAAUGCGAGCAUUAUCAUAACGAAAACUUUGUUUAUUUACGUAUUUUAAUUCAUAAUAUGGAAAAUUGCUAUUAUGAAAAGUAGUUUAGAAAUAAUAAUUAUGUUUUAGUGUGCAAUUAUAUCAUUAUAAUUUAAAUGUUAUGAACUAUAAAGGUAGUUUACUCUUGAUCGAAAUUCAUAUUUUUUAUGUACCUCGUAUAAAAUUAAUAAAAUUUUAUAUAUGAUGGUUGUUGCAUCAUAUAUAUUAGAACAUGAAGAGUUUUUUAUGAAGAAUAACUUUUAUUCGUCAAAUUAAAAAUAAAAGAGUUAUAAAUGAAAAUGUUGUUGGUCUCCAUAAUUUGAGAAAAAUCUUCAAAUAUUUUUUCCAUUAGAAGGAUGUAAUUGCACAUAUCAGACCAUAAUUUUUUAUACCAAACAAUAUUAUUUCAUAUACUGUCGGUUCGCUAAACUCAGACACAACUGUCUAGUGAUUUUAGAUUACUAAUUAGUUAAUAAUUACUAAAUAAUUAGUAAUUUUGCCAAUUUUGGCAUUUUAAUUUCAUAGCAAAUGGAACAGUCCAUUUAUCAUAAAGGGGAGGCCGUAUACUCGUAUAAACCUUUAGCUGUUAAUAAAUUUUUGCUUUUAAAAUAUACUCAAAUUGUAUUUUUGAACAUCUUAUUUAUUUUAUAUAAUAAUUAAAUUCACUAUCAAAUGUCAUUGAUGUUUUAUUAAUACUUAAUUUAAAAUUUAGUUUGACAUUCACGAAGUGUCAAACUCAAAUGUAAAUAACCUAUGCUUUGCUUAACAAAUCGAGAUUAAAAAACUAGCCUACUUAAUAGCAACGAUUUCAGCUGGACGUGUAGUGUGUCGGCAGAAAAUAAAACGAUUGUGACGUCACAUUUUAGACUUUGAGGUCGAUUAUCUCGAAGACGGUUAGAAAUAUCGAAAUGUCGUUUUCAGAUUUGGAUUCAGAAGAAGAAACUACAUAAGAAUCCAUCGAUAAAUCUGAUCUGAGUAUUGCAGGAGCGGCAACGCAAUAACACACACACUUUUGCGAAUUUAUAAACGAAAUGAUUUCGUUGAAAACUAGCAGUAAAUAAAAAAAACAACUAUUCGAAGUAGCAUCCAUUAGCUUUAAAACAACUCUCCCUAUUUUUAAAUUCUUUAUAAGCUCUUAUUAGCAUGUCUGGGGUGACUUCUCUAACGGCAUUAAUAAUUGCUUGUUUCAGAUCUUCAAUAUUAUCUAUGAUUUAGAUUUCUUUCGUAAACUUUCUGUUUUAAGAAGCCCCAUAAAAAGAAAACCAAAAUAGUUAAAUCUGGUGAUCGGGGCGGAAAAAAUAUCGGUCCAUACGGUCCAAUCUAUCUUUCAGGAAAAUACUCAUCUAGCUACAUUGCAGCUUAGCAACAUUAGAUUAUUGUUUCGAUUUCGAACUUAGUGCAAAAAUUUAUAGGGAUUUACAUAAAUUGGCUACAAAAUUAAGGUUUUGAAAAACUUAAAUUUUAUUUCAUUUUAUGGAGUUUUAGAUCAAGCAAAACUUUUUAUCAAGAAUGACAUUUUUCGCUAAAAUUGAAAAUAAAGAAGUUUUUCCUCUUGGGCACCCCAUCCGUGGACACACUUGUAAUUGCAAUUACGCAAAUUUUGUCAUCCAAUUAACUUUUUUAGCCUUUACUCUAAAGCUAACUAUCCAUAAGAUUCAAUAUUACAAAGUCUCCCAAUUGAUACAACAAUAAAAUUUACUGUGGAUCUAACGUAAAUAGCCAGUUUCCCAAGCUUCUGAUAAUUACACACAUAGCUAAUAAACGAUUACUUUAGUUACUGCUAAUAUAUAUGCCUAUUAACUGUCAUACAUUUUUGUGUGAUAUUCGUAUUUAUUCACUAUUCAUACAAUACUAUGAUAAUUGUAGAAUACUUAAAUAAAUUCAAAAGAAUACAUGACAAUUAACUGACAGUUAGGUCGAUAUAUUAAAGAUAUUAUACUAGCUUUAAAAGUUACUGUCUCUUGGUUAGGUGCGAAAUUAACGGAUGUUUGUGGAAGUGGCCAUACUACUAUUGUAACGCCCUUAAGUAUUUAUUGAAAGUAGGGCAGCAGAGGUGCUGUUUAAGUAUGAAGGUGCCUUAACAUUACUUUUUCAUUUAUAUUUUCUUGCAAAGUCAUUUGGCACCUCAAAUUGUUCGGGUACUUAGUUGAUCUAAGUCCUAAAAUUGGAAACCAUCUGUUUGAGAAAAAUAUUUUGUAAUAUUGUUUCAUGUUGAUAAAAAAACAUUUUUUAUCAAAUCGGUAAAAAGUAUUGAUUUGUUUUCUUAAGUGAAACUUUCAAUAAAUUUAUUCAAAAUUUAUAGUUGAAAAUGUUUUUUCUUUUUUUUUAGCAAAUAAACUUAUUUGUUAAAA